CAUGACUGUUUUUCUCUAACAGUGGUGAAAAACAGCAACACAGUGCAUUUGUUGUCUCGCCAGCUGAGAUAAUGACAAAAUCGACAUGAUACAUUUUAUGUUUUACUUUCUGUAACGUUCAGCUUGCCUUAACCAAUUGUCUUUGAAACCUCCACAAGGUCCCAGUUUAAUAAAAAGACAGACUCAGGCUGAGCUCCUUCCUCCCCUCCAUCAUCUCUCUCCCUCUGCAGUGUAUCCAUCCCGAGCUUCAGUGACUCUGCAGGUUGCGCGGACACCAAUGCUCAGAGACAUAACUUUACCGACUUGAUUUUUCCCGGCUCGGAAGAGGGCCAUGCCGCUACCAGAUGGCAACUCCAUCAACACGGCCCCUUUGGACGAAGGCGAGGACACUGAACCCCUCAUCGAGAAUGAUCCAGUUCCUCCUCAGUGCUGCUCGGCGCGCCUCAACCUGGCCUUCCUGAUGUUCUGCGGGUUCUCCGUGGUCUACGGGCUCCGUGUCAACCUCAGUGUUGCCAUGGUAGCCAUGGUGAAUACCACAGACCCCGAACCAGCCCCAAAUAGCUCUGUGAUCUCCGCCUGUCCACUGCCACCGGAAGGGGAUAACAGCAGCGACUCUUUCCAUCAACCUGCGGGGAUUCCCCAGUACCCCUGGGACUCGGAGACUCAGGGCUGGCUGCUGGGAGCCUUCUUCUUCGGAUACCUGUGCACACAGAUUCCGGGGGGCUACCUAUCCGGUCACUACGGGGGGAGUAUCUUCCUGGGUGUGGGAGUGCUGGGCACUGCUUUCCUCACGCUGCUUACCCCUCUGGCUGCACAGAUGGGGUCCUACUGGCUGUUUGCACUACGAGCGCUGGAGGGCUUCGGAGAGGGUGUGACGUUCCCGGCCAUGAUGGCGAUGUGGGCUCGCUGGGCUCCUCCUCUGGAGCGCUCUCGCCUGAUGACUCUGUCGGGAUCUGGGGGAAACUUUGGGGCCUUUGUUGCUCUGCCUCUCACCGGCGUCAUCUGCCAAGCCUUAGGGUGGCCUGCUGUCUUCUACCUCUGUGGAGCUGCUGGUUGCCUUUGGGCAGUCGUCUGGUUUAUUUUCGUAUCUGAUGACCCUCGCACCCACCCUCGAAUCAGCAAGGAGGAGAAAGACUACAUCAUAAAAUCCAUUGGACCUCAGGGUACAGGUCAUGGCUGGUCCGUUCCCCUGCUGUCGAUGUCGAUGUCAGUCCCUCUGUGGGCCAUCAUCAUAACCCAGAUGUGUUCAAACUGGUCCUACUACACCCUGCUCACCUCCCUGCCCACAUACAUGGACAACGUCAUGCACUUUGACCUCAAAUCGAAUGGUUUGCUGUCGGCUCUGCCGUACUUCGGUGCCUGGCUGAUGUCGAUGCUGUCAGGCGUGGUGGCAGACAGCAUUAUAGAGAGGGAGGUGUUCAGCAUCACAGUCGUACGCAAGCUCUUCACACUCAUAGGUCUGUUGCUCCAGGCAGCUUUCCUCGUUGCUGUGAGUUACGCCGGCUGCAGCCACAUCCUCGCCGUCACCUUCCUCACUCUCUCCACCACCCUUGGAGGCAUCACCGCCUCUGGAGUCUACAUCAACCAGAUAGACAUCGCCCCUCGGUAUGCAGGAUUCCUUCUGGGAAUCAGCAACACAUUCGGGACCAUUCCUGGAGUCCUGGCACCCAUUGCUACAGGAUACUUCACUGAGGGUGUAAGUUAUAAGUACACACCAUGGCGGGCUGGAGGAAGGUGUUCUGGGUGGCAGCAGGGAUCAACGUGGGCGGGGCUAUCGUCUACACCAUAUUCGGCAGCGCGAAGAUCCAGCCGUGGGCCAUCACAGAGGAGGAGAGAGCAGAGACCGAUAAAGAAAGGAGCAGGUCCAUUUCCACAUAAAACAUAUACCUUCCGACCACUACAGACAACAACACAAACAAAAGGGGCACAUACGGUACAGCUUUAAAGACUCUUGGGUGCAUUGUAACCCAGAAAAACAGAUAUAUUCUACCUCUGUCAAUGCAUGUAGAAAUGAUAGAAUUGAUAGGAAUACAUGCGUUAUUCAUUUCACAACUGUGAAGACAUUAUUAUGACCAGAACAUAGUGAAACAUUUAUUGACUAGGAUAGUUUUAUGAAGGACUUUUAUCAAUACUAUUUUAGAACGUUUAUUCUCAGGUGACCAUUUGAACUCAUUUCUACUAUAAACCCAGCAAAGAGAUUUAUGAUUGUUAAGCAGUUUUAUACAUCAAAAUAAAGUAUGAUUUGCUGGAUUUUCCUGCCUUUACUAAUAAAUUAGGGAUCAGGGAUAUUUUUACUCUUGUUCUGUAUAUGGUUGGAAAAGCUCACAGUAGCAUUUAUAUUACAUGGACUGUACAGCACCUCAGAUAAGACCCAAAAAAAAGUAGGUGAUCUUGUGUGUUUUUUAAGAUGUAUUAAGCUAAAUGAAAUGGGACCAUUUGUUUUAUGAAGCAAUCAUACAUAUGAUGAAAUAGCAUUUUUAAAGUGCUUUUAACCCCUGUAACUUUAGCUGCUUUGUUCACUGCUGUGUCGGUUUUCUGAUUGCUUCAGAUGGUAAAAAAGGACCAAAGGAGUCACUUUUCACACAGAAGAAUACACCAAAAGCCUUUUACUUGACAUAAAUGAUCUUUCUAGAGGUUUUUUAUAAUCCAAUCCAGAUUCUAGAAAGUGCCAAGAACUAUGACUUACUGAUAGAAUAACGUUUCUUAGAAAAAUAUGUGGAUUUGCAGUGUCAUCACUUCUUUGAAGAACAUGUGAACCUUUUUAAAUCCACUCAUGCCGUGUGUUAAAGUGCAUUGUGAAUGGAAAAAGAUGAUGUUUUUAAACGGAUGCAAUAAUUUAUUUACUUUCUCUGUGUGUUGAAAAUGUAUGAGAUGUACAAAUAUGUUAAAUAUGUUUACUUAAUAUUCUAUUGGGAAAAGGAUCAAGUUUGUUUACAGUGCAAAACUGAAAUAUGUGAAAUCUGAA